AUGAAUGAACUGGUUUGGGACAAGGAAUUAGAAAGAAAGGCGUCGAAGAUGACAUGUAAUCGAAUGGUGACUGGACCGGAUUACUCAGUCGUAGUUCUUCCUUCUGAACGAGCUAGUUCAGGACUGUCAUCAGAAUCUUGGGCGAAUCUCAAUGGUCCUACGCAAACAAAAAUUGGGUGUUUCGAUUUCCACCCACCUUGCGUUGAAACGAACGGAGCUGAUAAUGGGGGCGUUUGUCUCAUUGGGCCAAAAAAUAAAAUAAACAAGGAGGACAUCAUCUUUGGCAAACCGGGAUCCGCGUGUCCGGGGGAAACAAGGCAUGAUGGACUGUGUGUUACUCAGGUGGAACUUGUGGAACAUGAGGAAGAAGUGAAGAAACCCCCAAAGUCUGUAGAGGCGAAAAUGGACGGUGCCAACGAUACACCAUGGGAAUCGAACUCGUAUUUCGGGUCUUUAUACAUGGUCUUCUUUUGCGCAGCUAUCAUGGCUUAUUCUUCUUAA